CCCAAUUGUCUGUGUCUGCGUCACUUUCCUCCGAGGUGGAGAGCACAAGAAUCUGUGUUUGCAGACUCCAUGGAUACAAACAUCUGCAGACCUUUGUCUCCUCGUUUACGAGCCUUCUUCUGGUAAAGGGGUGUGUGUGCAAGCAUGAAAACCAAGCCUCUAAACUCUUUUACUGAUGCCCCAUCAUGCCUGGUCUAUAAAGACCUCAUGGGCUCUCUUUAGUAAAUAGCAUCUUCAGCUCUAAGCACUGUCAGAAAUUUUGGAGUUCACCAGCUUCCAGGAGCAAAGCAUGUUUGUGACAAUCCUGAUUGGAGGUGAGUUCCCAUGCUGCUCUGAGUGCUGUGUUUUCGCAGAAUGUUGCUGAAUUGACACAUAUGGUUUCGAUGGCAGAUGACAGGAGGGAGUUGCUUAAUCUCAACUGUAAACUAGUCAAUUUCAUCCAACAUUUGAAGGAGAAGUGUGGUCUGGGUUUUGAAGACUGUGUGGACCUGAUGGACAGCAGCGGGCGAGUCAUGAACCUGGAGGCCAAGCAGCACAGCCGGGAUCUGGCCUCCAGUGUGCUGACAGAGAGGCGGUUCUACGUUCCGCUCCAGGUCCUCCGAGAUGAUUCCUCUGGAAGUCAGGAAUAUGUCUCCCUCCUAAACAACUACAGCUCAGGUCAACCUGAGUUAGCAGAGCUGCUGAGGAAACUGUCACAUCCUAACAAGGAGACGGACAGAAAGAGCAAAAGACGAUGGACACAGAAAAACAAAGACAUCACCGCCAACAAGAACUCAUGAAAUCAGUGUUUCUGAAUUGAACGGAUGUUUCUAACUCACAUCAAAGGACUUUAGCAUACAUUUUAACAUGGAGCAGAUUUUUCCAUUGUGUCACAUAGGUUACAAAUAAUGAAGAAGCCCCAAAUUAAGCUCAUGUCAGAAACAAAUAAAAGGCAGUGAGUGUCA